UUAUCGUUCAGUUUUCAAGAGGUUGUCCCUUUGAAUGCUGGGAAUGUACUGGGAGCAGAGGAUAACAAAUCAAUACCAAAAUGGGAGGCAAUCAUUCGAAAAACUCUGAACAAAUCCUUGGAACCCGAAAGCAAACACAUAUGCUACAGUGCUCCACCUUCACCAGUACAAAGGACUUCUUCUGUUGCUGAUGUACUUGCAGAAACUAAUGCUCAUCCGUUAGGUUUUCUGGGCCAGGAAUAUGUUGGAGCUACUAAUGGUUGUGACUUGGAACAUGGUCAAUUGAAUAAAGUACUCAGCAUUGGGAGAAAUUUGCAAUGGAGGAGAAUUUAUGGCAUCGAUUGCGAUAGUAGGCUAGAUUGGCCUGAACUUUCAUUAGAUGCAACCCCUCAAGUUGUCUUCACCAGUUCCAAAUUGCGGCGGGUGCUGAGCAGUUCUGCAAGAAUGAGCUUUAAUACCUCGGAUAAUCCUUUAAUAUUCAGUCCUCAAAUUUCACAAAAAGAUGGUGGAUUGAAAAGAUCACACCAUAGCUCUGGGAACCUGCGGAGAUCAAUCUCUGUGGAGCAGCAAGUGAUGCCUCAAGUUUUUGACACUCUCUCUAAUGUGUCUGACAGUGUUUUGGAAGAGGAAGAUGAUUUCUUUCAUGAAUUACCAAAUGAACAACUGAAAAAUGAAGUUAUCGACGAUGGAGCAAAGUUACCUUCUACAUAUGUCCGAAUUGUCAGCAAGCAAAUGGUAGGGAUAUAUAUAUCCGUCUGGGUGCGUAAGAAGUUGAGGAGACACAUUAACAAUCUGAAAGUAUCUCCAGUUGGGGUUGGUCUAAUGGGCUUCAUGGGAAACAAGGGAUCAGUUUCCGUUAGUAUGUCCCUUUUCCAAUCGCGAAUGUGCUUUGUUUGUUCUCAUCUGUCCUCUGGUCAGAAGGAGGGGGCUGAUCAAAGGCGGAAUUCAGAUGUGUAUGAAAUUAUACGACGUACCUGUUUCUCGUCUGUCUUUGAUACAGAUCAACCGCUGACAAUUCCCUCUCAUGAGUAAGCAUACAGUUGACAUUCUUUUUAA